CAUGAAGUAUUACAGUCAACUCAUACCGUCUCUUCUGGUCUUAAUUAGUGCAUAUUCAACCCAGGCUGAUGAAGACGGGCACUGCAUUUGGUAUGGGCAGUGUUACACUGACGAGAAAGGCAAGAUUAAAAACUGCUACAGCACGAUAGAGGCGCCAGUACUCCAAGACCCUGUUGGACUGCAGAUCCUGAACAGGAGAUGUCCUCAUUUACAUGUUGAUGAUGGCACUGGCAUUCGCACGUGUUGUACCACAGUGCAGCUACAAGCAAUGGACGAGAAACUGCAGUUAGCAGAGGGUAUCCUAAAGCGAUGCACUUCAUGUGUCAAGAACCUGAUGAAGCACAUAUGCGAAUUCACUUGUUCUGUAAACCAAAGCAAGUUCAUCGAGCCCGCAGAGCUGCUACAGAAUGAAAGAAACGAAACGUAUAUAAAUGCCAUGAACGUAUACGUCGAUCCGGAGUACAUAAAUGGAACAUACGAGUCCUGUCGCCAAGUUGUAAUGCCAUCUAGUGGUGGGCUGGCCCUAGGUAGCAUGUGCAUUCCUUACGGCGCUGAAGACUGCACUCCGGAAAGGUGGUUUGCCUACAUGGGAAAUGAAGCGGACAGUGACUUCGUGCCCUUCCAGAUCAACUACAUACAAAUAGCAGAGAGUAAUGGUGUAUAUGAACCACUGAGAAUAGAAACAAAGUCUUGCUCCGAGCCAUAUGAUGAAGAUAGCGCAGCAUGUAGUUGCUUAGACUGCGAAGCGAGUUGCCCUGGUUCAGGGGGCUUGGUCCCUUUCCCAGCGGAAGAUGAUGAAGAGUUCGAGAUAGCCGGAUUUUACGGUCUGGCUUUCAUCAUGUGCAUUGUGUAUAUAGUUUUGGCGGUGUGUUUCGUCGCCUUGCUGUUCAUCUUUCACAAACUAAAACGUGAGUUGUUUGUCAAACUGGUGGAUACAGAAGAUCAAAUCAAUCUCUCGAACUUCUCCGGUGUUCGAUACCCUGCAUUCCUGACCACUCUUGAACACACCUUCAACUCUGGUUUAGAGCGAUUCUUCACAAAGUGGGGUAUCGUGUUUGCUUCUCACCCCGCUAUAAUUCUAUUUGCUUCUUCGUGGGUUGUGGCAGCCUUGGGUUAUGGGGCUUUCGACUUACAGGUGACGACAGAUCCGGUAGAAAUUUGGGCUGCGCCGCAGAGUCGCUCGCGUCUUGAGAAAGAGUAUUUCGACAGCCGUUUCGAACCUUUCUACCGCACAGAGCAAGUGUUUGUGAAGGCAGUGGGGAUAGACAAGGUAAAGUGGGAUGACAAAGAAUACGGACCAGUGUUCAACGAUACAUUCCUUAGCGCCGUUUUCAAACUCCAGGAUCAGAUUCAAAAGCUCGGUGAAGACGAGGGCAAGGGUCUCAACAAGAUCUGUUUUGCUCCACUGGUCGCAGCUGGAGACCCUGUCUCGGUGAAAAACUGCACGGUCCAGAGUGUGUGGGGAUACCUACAGAACAGUCCAAAUCUUACCAAUGGCUACAUCGACACCAUGAUGAGAUGUAUCCAGUGGUUUGCCUACAUGGGAAAUGAAGCGGACAGUGACUUCGUGCCCUUCCAGAUCAACUACAUACAAAUAGCAGAGAGUAAUGGUGUAUAUGAACCACUGAGAAUAGAAACAAAGUCUUGCUCCGAGCCAUAUGAUGAAGAUAGCGCAGCAUGUAGUUGCUUAGACUGCGAAGCGAGUUGCCCUGGUUCAGGGGGCUUGGUCCCUUUCCCAGCGGAAGAUGAUGAAGAGUUCGAGAUAGCCGGAUUUUACGGUCUGGCUUUCAUCAUGUGCAUUGUGUAUAUAGUUUUGGCGGUGUGUUUCGUCGCCUUGCUGUUCAUCUUUCACAAACUAAAACCGAACUUCUCCGGUGUUCGAUACCCUGCAUUCCUGACCACUCUUGAACACACCUUCAACUCUGGUUUAGAGCGAUUCUUCACAAAGUGGGGUAUCGUGUUUGCUUCUCACCCCGCUAUAAUUCUAUUUGCUUCUUCGUGGGUUGUGGCAGCCUUGGGUUAUGGGGCUUUCGACUUACAGGUGACGACAGAUCCGGUAGAAAUUUGGGCUGCGCCGCAGAGUCGCUCGCGUCUUGAGAAAGAGUAUUUCGACAGCCGUUUCGAACCUUUCUACCGCACAGAGCAAGUGUUUGUGAAGGCAGUGGGGAUAGACAAGGUAAAGUGGGAUGACAAAGAAUACGGACCAGUGUUCAACGAUACAUUCCUUAGCGCCGUUUUCAAACUCCAGGAUCAGAUUCAAAAGCUCGGUGAAGACGAGGGCAAGGGUCUCAACAAGAUCUGUUUUGCUCCACUGGUCGCAGCUGGAGACCCUGUCUCGGUGAAAAACUGCACGGUCCAGAGUGUGUGGGGAUACCUACAGAACAGUCCAAAUCUUACCAAUGGCUACAUCGACACCAUGAUGAGAUGUAUCCAGAACACAUAUGACUACAGCUGUCUAGCGCCCUAUGGGGGCCCCGUGGAACCCGGAGUGGCUCUAGGAGGCUUUGAGGGCUCUGACUACUCGCAGGCAACUGGUCUGUCGAUCUCAUUCAUGGUGAGCAAUCACCACAAUAAGACAGAACUUGUUCCUGCGAUGGAAUGGGAACUUAGGUUCGUAGAGUUUAUGAAGAAUUGGACGGAGACGGAAAUGCCAGACUUUAUGUCGGUGGCAUUUUCUUCAGAGCGCUCAAUUGAAGAUGAACUGGAAAGAGAGUCUGAGGCAGAGAUAAUAACCGUAGUCAUCAGCUACGCUGUAAUGUUCGUUUACAUCACCGUGGCUCUCGGGCAGUUUCGCAGCUUCAGGACGAUUCUGGUCGACAGCAAAGUGACGCUGGGGGUCGGAGGCAUCGUCAUUGUGCUCAUGGCCGUUGUGUGUGCCCUCGGCAUAUUCGGGUACGCCGGAGUCACGACAACUUUGCUGACUAUAGAGGUGAUUCCGUUCCUGGUAUUGGCCGUCGGUGUGGAUAAUAUAUUCAUCCUAGUGCAGACACAUCAACGCGAGGGGAGACGGAAAGAUGAAACCCACGAGGAGCACGUGGGGCGUACCUUGGGACGUGUGGGUCCCAGCAUGUCAUACUUUUUCUCAGGUGCUCUCUCCGACAUGCCCGCCGUAAAGACGUUUGCUCUCUACGCUACAGUUGCCUUGCUUCUGGAUUUCCUGUUCCAGAUCACGUGCUUCGUCAGUCUUCUUGCGUUGGACGACAGAAGACAAGCAGGAAAAAGGUUCGACGUGCUCUGUUGUAUUGUGUCCUCGGAGAAGAAUGUUGGCUCUAGGCGACAUGAAAACCUACUGAGUUACGGUUUGGAAAAGUUCUAUGCGCCCUACCUUCUGGGGAUUCCCUGGGUGCGCGCAGGUGUCGUAUUACUGUUCGGACUGUGGCUCUGUGUCAGCAUCUGCCUCUUCCCUCUGGCAGAGGUGGGACUCGAUCAGGAGCUGUCCAUGCCCGAGGACUCCUACGUCCUCGUCUACUUCCAAUAUAUGAAAGACCUGCUCUCCAUGGGACCUCCUGUAUACUUCGUACUUAAAGCCGGGCUCAACUACAGUGACGGUAACAUACAGAACCUGGUUUGCGGUGGAACUGGCUGCAAUGCAGACUCCCUGAGUACUCACCUCUUUCGAGCUCACUUGUCUCCUGAGAGUACGUACAUCGCACGUCCUUCUUCAUCCUGGAUUGAUGACUACUUCGACUGGACGACGUUAGAGAGCUGCUGUUCAGAUCCUUUGGUUUUUCCAGGUACAAUGCCCGAGGCAUGUUCCUCGACUGUAAAGAACGGCGUCCUGCGACCCACAACUGAGGAGUUCGAACAGCAUUUACCUGCGUUUCUGGUCAGCAAUCCAGAACCCAAAUGCGCCAAGGGUGGUCACGCGGCGUACGCACAGGGGUUGAACUAUCUUCUGGACGAUAGAGGCAAAGCACACGCUCAAGACAGCUACUUCAUGGCGUAUCACACGACUCUCAAGACCUCUAAGGAUUACUACCAGGCGCUGAGAUCCGCCAGACGUAUAUCGGCUGACGUCUCAAACAUGCUAAAUGGAUACUUAGAGUCGUCCGCCGUGGAGGUUUUCCCGUACAGCGUGUUCUACGUCUUCUAUGAGCAGUACCUCACCAUCUGGGAGGACACAUUCCAGUCUCUGGGACUGUCCCUGGCAGCCGUGUUCGUAGCCACCCUGGUGCUGACGGGUUUCGACAUAUUUUCUGCUCUUAUCGUGUUGGUCAUGGUAAUCAUGGUAGUGGUCAACCUGGGCGGUCUGAUGUACUGGGGGAACGUAUCCCUCAACGCAGUAUCCUUGGUGAAUCUUGUCAUGGCCGUAGGAAUUGCUGUGGAGUUCUGCAGCCAUAUCGUGCAUGCUUUCACUCUGUCCACUGAAAAGACCAGAGUCCUCAGAGCAACAGACGUGCUCAUCAACACGGGAAGUUCGGUUCUGUCUGGGAUCACGAUGACCAAAUUCGCAGGAAUUGUGGUUCUGGCGUUCGCCAAGUCUCAGAUAUUCCAGAUCUUUUACUUCAGGAUGUAUCUGGGUAUCGUGCUUAUUGGAGCGGCUCACGGCCUUGUGCUCCUCCCUGUCGUACUCAGCUUUAUCGGUCCUCUUCGAAAUUUACAACCAGAUAAUUCUCCAAGAAAAACUGAAUCAGAAGAAAGUACGAGCGGAUCAGACUCGUCACCCCUUGCGCCAGCUCAAGACUAUGAAUUGGAUGUUAAACUGAUCACAUAAUAACAUUAUAAAGCAUUGGAAUUACACAGUCGACAUUUCGUCUGCUCCACAGUACUUGCAGCUAAGAAGGCGUUUGAAGAAAACUUGAAAGAGAAUUGCGAACUUAAGAUAUGAAUUAUUUAUCGGAGAAAACUAACGGCUCUAUAAUUUUGGAAACUCUCAAAUUGUAUUCGUUCGUGGACUCAACCGCAUCAGAACUGGAGUUGUAGCCGUACGACAUAAGUUGUGCCUUAAGAAAAUCUUUUUGUCGUAUUAUUUUUAUACGAGAUCAGCUUGUGACUCGACAUCGAUCUAUAAUAUGUCGAUUAUGACCAGUUGUGUUUCCCGGACAUCUGCGACAUUCUGUACACGGUUUAAUUCUAAUUUAGUUUUACGCGUAACAUAUUUGUAUCUUGCACACGGUUUAAAAAUAUAAUUUACAUAUAA